GAUCAUGAUAUAAUGUACCCAAAUCCACCUUCUAGAGUUUCUGAUUCUUUAGCUCAGUUUCUCGGAAGCAGUGGAGUACUUGGGGCGUACACAAACGUACGAACGAUCGCGUUCGAACGAUCGCUUUUGGAACAACUCGCUGAGAGCCUUGGAAGCGUAAGCAAAGGCACCAUAGUCCAUAUGGAGGUCCUCAGGAUGGUUUUUCUCCCGGCUUUUACGCUCUCAAUCUUGAAUUUCCUCCUUCUGUUUGCGUCUCCUACCCAUGCCAAACUGUCUGCAGAAUGCACUUUCGCGGAAAUGAUGGCGGUGAAGACUAGUCAAAACGUAACAGCUCAACCACUGAAAUUCAGUGGAGAACUCCCUUCCUCAAGAAACCUGAGUCACAACUGUCUUGUAAAGACGAAUGAUGCAAAUCAACUGAUGUAUUUGAGAGCCAAAAGAGCUGAAUGGUCCAUUGAAGGUUCACUGCACGUAUCUGCCUAUGAAGAAGGCGAGGGGUCUUUGCUAAUUAGUCACCUUGGCAUAUCAACGUCUGAAGCUGGUUGGAGAAGUUGCCCUUUCUGUCCAACCAGUGGUAGAGUCAGUGGGAAGCACUUGUUGUUUUCAGGCACAAAUGGCGUCAGUUUCAUGGCAGAAAUGCAACAUCAAGGAGGCAUUCAAUUAGAUGAGGCAGUGGAAGUUGUACUGAGAGCAAAGGAUUCUUAUCCAGCUGUUUAUCAGUUUACCCCAACACAAGAUAUUUCAAGUACACAACUUGACGUGACUGUCACUUCUGAGUCUGAUGACGUAUCAGCUUACUUAAAAGUAUCACGUGACUGUAAGGAUGUCAGGGACAACAUUGACGUUGUGGACUACAAAGGAGAGUCACUCCGUCUGUCGUUCGCCAAAAAGGGACGGAUUACUUUGUCCAAGUUCUCUAUUCCGCCACUAACCGCCUCCACUUCCAGUUGGUUCAUUGGAAUUGCAAUCAAGAAUGCCUCUGGUGACACACUAAGUGAUGCAACAAAGACUGUGACAUUAACUUUGAAUAGAUCAUUUGAUUACUCAUACGAUAAACCUCUUUUAGUGUUAGUUCGAAUUUGUGGUCUUGUUGGUAUUGCGAUAUCUUUUGUUGCAUGGCUUAUUUUUAGAGAAUGCACCAUCUGCUGCACUUAUAAAACAACAAAUCAAAGUACGAAAACCGCAAUAACCUGGUGUGAAUUUUGCUUAGCUGUGGUGGCCGUCAUAUUCAGACACAGCAUAAGUCGAGGUCCCAAAAAGUUUUCUUACAUCACGUUAAUUGUCGUUUGGGUUUUAAUGGUGGGUUCAUUCCAGUUUGUCUUUGCAGACUGGUUCUUGAUGAUUAAAGAGGGUGAUAGAGAUCAUUGUUAUUAUAACGAUUUUUGUUAUCGAGCAAGUUAUAUCGAUAUUCCUCAUAAUUUAAUGGUUAGUAGUGUAGCUUACAUCAUCCAUGGCUUUAUUUUAGCUAUUAAUGUUCUCUGCAUGGAGUCACAGGUACUUGCUCAAUGCAGGAAACUUGCAAGCUCUGCAAAAAAAAAAUAGGGUAGACAGAUUAGGGAAUGCAUACGAAGAAA